AUGGAUGUAGUUGUUUCUUCCAUUACGGCUUCACUCCGAUUUGACGGCUCCCUCAACGUCGACCUGAAUGAGUUCCAGACCAAUUUGGUGCCCUAUCCCCGCAUACACUUCCCCCUGGUUGCCUACGCCCCAGUUGUCUCCGCGGCUAAAGCAUCCCACGAAUCCAACUCUGUUAUGGAAGUGACCAUUGCAAGGAGACGGAAGAUCCUCGCUUUCCCCACUCCCUGCGACCCUCCAGCCAAUCACCGCCCUCCACCUCAUCGAAAACAGGGUGCAUGUCACCGCAUGCGGUUACAGUUUACUGUUUACAGGCUGACUCUAUAUUUAGCCGCCCAGCCUUGGCCCCCCACCCCAAUCUGUCAGGGAUGA